AAUUUGAUUUUGAAUCUCAACUUUUUCAUUGUGGUUUCAAAUUUUUGGUCCCUGUUGUAUGUUUUGUUGAAUAUCGACAUUGUGUAACCGUUUAGAAAUCAUCAUUAUGCUGAACAUAUAUUGUUGCUGUACAAUGAGAGUUUGUGUGACUCUUAAAGUUAAGGAGCGUAUUGUACUACCAUGUCAGCAUUUCUGCCUACAUUGUAAAAAUAGUUUUUUUUUUUUUUUUUUUUUUUUUUUACUGUUUCAGUAUACUGAACUUGGUUUUGUAUGAACAUUUGCAUCGUGUUUUGAAGGCGCCAGUAUUGGCUGGAUUUUUCUUUGUUGAAAUUGAGAACACUAGUUUUUUUUGUCUGCUUAGCUUUUCUUUUCCUUUUUUCACACUGAAGGAAGGACUUUUGUGACUAUUUUUUGCCUUUGUAAUUUAUUUGGCUAUAACUUAUUUAAAGUGUAUUUUAUUUGGGAUAUUUAUUAUAAAGUUAAUCAAAUUGAUAAUGGUUUUGUAUUUGUAAUGUUUUUUCAAAGUGUAUUAGCCAUAUAUAAUAAUCUUACAACAAAAUCCCUGCAGGCUGCUUUGAUUAAUAAGAUUAUUAAUUAGCCGGCAAAGAGUAAUUUGACAAAUGGCCUUUAACAAUUGGAUAUGGUGACCAGAUGCUUCUGUUUGCUGGUAUAAAGAAAAAAAAUCAGCUCUGAACAAAACACUGCUGUCCAGACUUCAUCUUCUACCAUGCAGAUCAUCACUACAACAGAUACGGCCAUGACGGUGCAACCUACUAUAUUUCCACGUGUGGGCUACAGCAUACUCUCAUACCUCAUGUUUAUAAACACACUAUUUUCUGUGUUUAAUAACUUGUUGGUGAUCGCUGUGAUGCUUAAGAACCUGCAUUUUCUGAAUGCCAUGAACGUCAUCAUUCUCAGUCUGGCUGUGUCAGAUCUUAUGAUCGCCACCUGUGGCUCUGCCAUCGUCACCAUCACAAAUUACCAAGGAUCUUUCUUUUUAGGGGAUGCAUUCUGUGUUUUUCAAGGUUUUGCUGUGAACUAUUUUGGCCUGGUGUCUUUGUGCACUCUCACGUUACUGGCAUACGAGCGGUACAACGUGGUCUGCAAACCCAUGGCAGGCUUCAAGCUGAACGUCCGCAGGAGCUGCCAGGGUCUGCUGUUCGUCUGGCUCUAUUGCCUCUUCUGGGCUGUCGCUCCUCUGCUGGGCUGGAGCUCGUACGGGCCGGAGGGCGUCCAGACGUCCUGCUCAUUAGGCUGGGAGGUGAGAUCCUGGAACAACUACAGUUACCUCAUCUUCUACACGAUCAUGUGCUUCAUACUGCCCACCGCUGUCAUUGUGUACUGCUACAGCAACGUCCUCGUGUCCAUGACAAAGAUCAACAAAAGCAUUGAACUUCAAGGGGGGAAGAACUGCCUGGAGGACAAUGAACACAUGGUCCGGAUGGUCCUGGCCAUGAUCAUUGCCUUCUUCAUCUGUUGGUUGCCUUACACCGCCAUCUCUGUGGUUGUAGUUCUGGAUCCAGAGAUCUACAUCCCACCUCUGGUGGCCACCAUGCCGAUGUACUUCGCCAAGACCAGCCCCGUCUACAAUCCCAUCAUCUACUUCCUUACUAACAAACGGUUUCGAGAGUCCUCUCUGGAAAUCCUGUCCUGUGGUCGAUACAUCCCUCGUCACACUGGUGGACUAAUGAUGUGCUCGACCCAGAGGAGCCAAAGCAGGAUUAAUCCAGUCUGAUCUGAGGAGGAGGUUUAUCAGGAGCUGGAGAUUUUAACAGUGUCUUUGGUCUGCAUGACAUCCCUCACCAACCCUAUCAUCUACGAAGCGGUCAAUCCUCUGUUCCGCACAGAAUUUCACAAUCUGAAAGCAAAAUGGAAAGUGUUUUUUACAAAUUCAUAGUUUAUAUACUUGUGGGGACAUCAUAGCCGAGAUCCCACUAUGCCAAACGUCAAAUCCGAUCGGUUUAUUGGUGUUGUUUUGUGUUGUUGCAUGCUGUUGGCCGCAAACUGAAUUAGACGAUGCAGUCUGAAAUCUUUAGAAAUUCUAAGACUGUUAAUAGAGUGAAACAGAUGCUAUGAAUGUUUGUAAACAGCCGCAUUUUUGUAACUAUAAAAAUACAGCGUUUUACAUUACAUCAUAUUUUGGAAGACAAUGUUCAGCCUUUAACUUUGAGGAAAAAAUCAAAUAAAGAUUGAGCAUU